UGUUUGACGAAGACGCAGAUGAGGAAACUAAAGUAAAAAUUGUUGCUAAUUUAACCAAAAGAAGUCCAAUCAGCCCACGUGAAACGCUACAUCCCAUCGAAAGAAGAACUUUCUGACCCACUUUAUGAGAAAUGACCUUGUUCCAAUCAAAAGCAAGUCCUGGUUCAGUCGACUAAAAAUUGAUGACAGUUUUCUCGACGAGUGGCCACAUAAUGAUUCUUUUCAGCACGCUAAGAAUAAGGUGCAACCGCUGAGAACAGUAGUUAACGAUACGGCAGAAAGAGUAGUCAAGUAUAUACAGGCAGGUAUAUGCUGACUGCGAAAAGAAAAAAUGAAAAGAAAAUUUGGUAAUGUUCUUUUACUGAUAAAUGUG